UCCUCUGGAUCUUCCUCGGGAUCCUCUUUGCUCGUCGAUCUCUUUUCAUUCUCCUUCUCCGUCUUCUCUUCCUCCUCCUUCACCAUCAGCCACCCGUUUCUUCACUUUGCUCCUCUCCCUCUCUCUCUUUCGUUCUGUCUUUCUCGUCGCGGUUUUCCCCUUCCUCUUUUCCUCGCACGAUCUAUCCUCCUCAGCUUGCCUCUCGAACGUAGUAUUUCCUGGUGAUCCGUGAUGCGUACCACGAGACUCUGGCGCUGAUGCGCACGGAAACAUUGCCAGCCCCUUCAGAGUGAAGAGUUGAUGAAGGAUCGAGCCAUGAGCCGCACAGGAUACACGUGCAUCAGGCACGUCUUCUGCUCCCUCAACGUUUUGAUCUGGUUAUGCGCUUGCGGAAUUUUGGGUGCGGGCCUUUGGCUGCGGUUGGCUUAUUCCGGAUACGCGACCUUGGUGCCGCAGUACAGCUUCGCAUCGGCGGACUCGUUACUGCUUGCCGCGGGAUGCGUCACAUUCGUCAUCGCCUUCUUCGGAUGCUGCGGCGCGUGGUUUCAGUCUAGAUGUAUGCUGAUCACGUAUUUCAGUUUGGUGAUACUCAUGUUUCUCGCUGAGUUCAUGCUGGGCACUUUAGCAUUCGUGUUCAGGGAACAUCUUGCGAGAAGCCUGAAGGAAGAAUUACUGUACGGUAUUGAGAAGCAUUACAAUGUCACCAGGGAGCCAGGAACUCUCUCUGCCAUGUGGGACCACAUACAUACGGAGUUUCACUGCUGCGGCGUACGCGACUACACGGAUUGGUUCCAAAUCGAGGCAUGGCCCGAGGAGGACCGAGUGCCGGAUUCCUGCUGCAUGCAACGGGAACGAUAUUGCGGUCGUCUAGAUCCGGAGGGUCGCAAUAAGGAACUGUGGUACAAGGAGGGAUGCGCGUCUGCUAUACAAAUGUGGCUGAUCAUCAGACUCCACGUGGUGGGUACGGUUGGUCUCGUCGUCGCUUUCCUCCAGCUGUUCGGCCAGGUAGCCAGCAUGAUCCUGUUCUGCACAGUCAGGAACAAGAGGUCCUCUCACACGUACAAGAGUUACGACACUACCAAUACCUAG